AACUGUUAAAAAUUAAAAUACUAAUCUUAUUCAUAACCUUGCUUUUUCACGUUUUUUAUUUUCAUUACUAUUACUUUUAUCCAGCGACUGAAAAAUGGAGUUGUUUGUUGUUAAUAGACAUGCUGGAGAUGAUCAAAAUGCCCCAGACAUAGAGACUAGAGAAAUUGAACAAAGUAAAUUAGAAAAAGUCCUCAAACGAAUUGAAAAGAAUAAGAGAAAUAGAAAUAAGCAGAAGGAAAAAGAAAAUAAAGUAAAAUUAGCUAAGCAAAGAACUUUGGAAUCACGCCAAUUUAAAAGAGAAUUGAAAUCAAAGAUAAUACCCAUCCCAGAUAAUACAGACGAUGGAUUUGUUGAUAAGACUCUUCUUGAGAUUGAAGAAUUGAACGAAGUAACUAAUAAAUUUAAACAAAACAAAAAGGCAAAAUUGGGACCUGAUUUAGAAGGUUUUACUGUUUUGGGAGUAGAAAAUUUUGCAAAAAAGAGAAAAGUUAAAAGGGUUUUACCAAAAUGGCUGACAAAUCCAACAGUGAUAUCCUCAAAUCUACAAGACCUUCAUACAAAAGUAUCUGAAGUAAAGUUAUUAGAUAAAUCAAUUCGUAAACUUUUAAAGGCGAAUAGUAUCAAAUAUCUCUUUCCUGUACAAGUUGAAGUGAUUCCAUAUUUAUUACAAGUAAAUAAACACUCAGAUGUAAUAUUCCCUCGUGAUAUAUGUGUUUCAGCACCAACAGGAAGUGGUAAAACUUUGGCUUACGUAUUACCUGUUAUCCAAGCUCUGAAACGAUACACUGUAAAGAAAAUUAGGGCACUUGUUAUAUUACCAACACAAGACUUAGCCAGUCAGGUUUUUAAAGCUUUUAGAAGUUAUUCACAAAAUACAAAUAUUGAUGUGACUUUGGUAACUGGCAAAAAUCCUUUUCAUGUAGAACAGAACCAACUUGUGACAGAAAAUACAGCAUUUGGACUUCUAAGUAAAGUUGACAUUUUAUUAUGUACAGCAGGGAGACUUGUAGAUCACAUUAAAUUAACUAAAGGUUUCACUUUACAUGAUUUAGAAUUUUUAAUCAUCGAUGAGGCAGAUAGGGUUUUGGAAAAUGUACAAAAUGACUGGUUGUAUCACCUAGAGAAGCAUAUCGAUGAAGAGCCAGAUUUGCAAAUGGGAAAGAUCCUCAAUCUCUUUACCCUACAGAAAAAGAGACCACCACAGAAGCUAUUAUUCUCUGCUACUUUAACCCAAGAUCCAGAAAAACUACAAAAAUUGUCCUUGUUUCAGCCCAAGUUGUUUACUUCAAUUAUUGAGGACUCUAAGGAGGCAACUGAAUUAGAAAAGACCAAUGUAGAAACAUUUGUAGGCAAAUACACUACACCAAAAGAAUUAGCAGAGAAAUAUGUGCUGACAUCGUUGGAUCUAAAACCAUUGUUGUUGUAUAAGUUGAUAAUGAUGGAGAAGCUGACUAAAUGUGUCAUUUUUACCCACUCCGUCGAAAGUGCACAUAGAUUAUCAAUUUUACUUAGUUCUCUGUUUAAGAAUGAGUUGAAAGUGGAAGAGAUUUCUUCGAAAUUGCAGGGGAAGAAUAGGACAACUCUAAUUGAAAAAUUCUCUAAUGGAGAAAUUGAUUUGUUGGUUUGUACAGAUACUCUUGCUAGAGGCAUUGAUCUUCCUCAUGUACAGUGUGUCAUUUCCUACUCGGCUCCGAAACAUCUCAAAACAUAUAUUCACAGAGCAGGAAGAACAGCACGGGCAGGGGAAGAAGGGUUAGCUGUGACUUUGCUGCAUAAAUCACAACUUACAAAAUUUAAGGUGAUGCUUCAACAAGCUGGAAAGACAAACAUUCAAGAGUUGAUUAUAUCUGAGGAAGAUUUGGAACCCUUGGGAGAACAGUAUAAGCAAUCCUUGCAGGAGCUCAAGAAAACUGUGGAAAUAGAAGAGAGAUUGCAUCUAAAAAAAGUUAUUUCAGCAAAGGGAAAGAGAGGCUUCAAAAGAAAACGUAAAGAGUCCAUUGGUAGUGUUAUUAGCAAUGUUAGUGAGGAUAUUUAAAGCAAUUUUAAGAAUUGUUGCACACUUUACAUUCUACCCACCUUUAUCUUUUUUACAUUUCUAUUUAGCAAAAAAUUAAAGUUUUAUGAAAAUUUAAAAAAAUAUAAAAAUUAAUUUACCAUAUUUUUCUAAAUAGACAGGUAAAAAAGAUAAGGGGGUAGAAUGUUCUGUGAAUGACACUGUACAAAAAAUUUUAUUUUUUAUUUAAA